GGGCCGGUGGCUACUGCAGGCACAGCGGGCUGGGGGCCUAGGGGCCCCGGUGGCCCUAGGGACCCCCAUGGCCAUGGCUGAGCGGCCCCGGCCCGGGUGGGCCUCCUAUCACAGCCCCAACACCAACAGCUGCCAGGACCUGGGCAGCUCCAUCCUGCUGCUGCUGGGUCUCAUCAUCUGCAUUAACAUUGGCAUCAAUAUGGUGACGCUGCUCUGGCGCAGACUCCGUGGCUUCCUACACCACGCGUUCCAUGUCAUUUGUGAGAAAGAAACGUCUAAGUCGUGCUCACCUUGGAAGAAGACCCAGUCCCCGAAGCAGAGCUCCCCUAGAGUCCACCUUCGAUGCACCAUGGACCCCGUGAAAAUGACCGUGACCCCCCCACCCACUCGGCGGCAUCGCCGUCGAGGCUCUUCCGCGCGCCGCGCCCACCGCCCGGUGGCCUGGGCCCCUGACACUGACGAGGACGACGAUGAGAAGCCCUCCCGUCAGCACACGGCGGUCUGCUCCCACAACUGGGAUCAGCCCGGGCACUGGGAAGGCUUUCAAUCCACCCAGGGGUUCUGGACUCCCUGGGCCCCGGAUGCUGUGGAGCCGCCCACCCAGACCAUCCGCUUCCAGCACAGUGUAGAGGAAAGGCCCCUCAAAAGAGAGAUGCGGUCGGAGCUGGGCCUAGAGGCCUACGUGUACCCUGUGAACCCCCCACCCCCUGGCCCUCAGGCCCUGAUCCCCAAGAACAGCGGAGGGGGCGUGAGGGUGGGAGCCCAGGCAGAGCAGGAGCCGUGCUCGCCGGCCCAGCCGCCUAUCCUGGGCCCAGCCCACGUCCCCGACAUCCCCCGGCGCCGCUCCUCAGGCCGAAUAGCCUACGAUGCCAGAGACGUGAGGCGGCGACUGCGGGAGCUGACCAGGGAGGUGGAGGCCCUGUCCCACUGCUACCACCUGGGCUCCAGAUCCAGCACUGCGGAGGGGACCGGGAAGGACUGGGUGUACCGUUCCCUGACAGAGAGGUGACUGGGAAAGAAUAAAAACAAGAGAGAAGGUGG